AUGACCAGUCCCACCCGCGAACGUCGUCCGUCAAUCGGAGCUCCAAUAUCAGAUCUGCAGGGACCCGUUGGACCUGGAUUCAGCCGCCCGAAACAUAAACGUACAUUUACUGGGUUGCUGCCCCAGGAUAUCAAAAAAGUCGAAGCCAGCAUCCCGGAACCGCAGCGAGAAGCGUAUAAAGAAGUUGUUCGCCAUGUCGAGACUACCCUUGCUCGGUCGCUCUUCAACUGUGAUGAAUUGGCGGCAUAUUCUGGCACUGCAUUGGCAUUUCGUGACCGACUUAUUAUUGAAUGGAAUAAAACUCAACAGCGACAGACAUUUGCAGACCAGAAGAGAGUUUACUAUCUUUCUCUUGAAUUUUUGAUGGGGCGAGCUUUGGACAAUGCGAUGCUGAAUGUGGGAUUGAAGCAAGUUGCGAGAGGUAUGAUACCCGUCCCCGGUCCUAAGGUCACCACUAAUGCAACUAUUGUAGACGGUCUGAAAGACCUUGGCUUUCGUAUCGAGGAUGUCAUUAGCCAAGAGCAUGAUGCGGCUUUGGGAAACGGCGGACUUGGACGUCUUGCAGCCUGCUUCCUUGACAGCCUCGCAUCUCUUAACUACCCUGCAUGGGGGUAUGGAUUGCGAUAUCGAUACGGCAUUUUUAAGCAAGAGAUAAUCAACGGCUAUCAGAUUGAAGUCCCUGAUUACUGGCUCGAUUUCAACCCAUGGGAGUUCCCUCGCCAUGAUGUUACUGUUGAUAUCCAGUUUUAUGGUUCGGUUAGAAAAUAUCAGGAUGAAAAUGGUAAAACUAACUACUCUUGGGAAGACGGAGAAAUUGUUCAAGCAGUUGCCUAUGAUGUGCCCAUUCCUGGCUAUGCAACACCAACAACCAACAACCUCCGUCUUUGGUCAAGCAAGGCUGCCAGUGGGGAGUUUGAUUUCCAAAAAUUCAACGCAGGCGAAUAUGAAAGCGCUGUCACUGAUCAGCAGCGCGCGGAGACCAUAUCGGCUGUUCUCUACCCUAAUGACAGCCUUGACCGCGGCAAGGAACUGCGCUUGAAACAGCAAUACUUUUGGUGUGCGGCUUCACUUUAUGAUAUUGUUAGGCGAUUCAAGAAGACUAAACGCGCAUGGUCAGAGUUCCCUGAUCAAGUGGCGAUCCAGCUGAAUGACACGCAUCCAACUCUUGCAAUAGUGGAACUGCAGCGAAUCCUCAUUGACCAAGAGGGACUAGAAUGGAAUGCGGCUUGGACUAUCGUUUCCAGCACAUUCGGCUAUACGAAUCACACUGUUUUGCCCGAAGCCUUGGAGAAAUGGUCCGUUCCUCUGAUCCAGACCCUCCUUCCCAGGCAUUUGCAAAUUAUCUACGAUAUAAAUUUGCUCUUCCUUCAAAUGGUGGAGAAAAUGUUCCCGAAGGAUCGUGAUCUGUUAAGGAACGUUUCGAUAAUCGAAGAGUCUCAGCCGAAAAUGGUUCGAAUGGCUCAUUUGGCAAUUAUCGGAUCUCACAAAGUCAAUGGCGUGGCAGAGCUACACUCCGACCUCAUCAAGACGACUAUAUUUAAGGAUUUCGUCGAGAUAUAUGGACCGGACAAAUUCACAAACGUAACAAACGGCAUCACCCCUAGAAGAUGGCUCCACCAGGCCAAUCCUCGCCUCUCUAAUCUCAUUGCGUCGAAGCUUGGUGACGGCUUUUUGAAGGAUCUCACGUUACUCGAUAAGCUUGAGGCAUACAUCGACGACGAAUCUUUCAGGAGAGAGUGGGCGGAUAUCAAACAUGCUAACAAGGUUCGCCUUGCGAACCAUAUCUUUAGUACCACCGGGAUCCGUGUCGACCCGAAAGCGCUGUUUGAUAUACAGGUUAAGCGGAUCCACGAAUACAAGCGGCAACAAUUAAACAUUUUUGGCGUAAUACACAGGUAUCUUAAAAUAAAAGCAAUGAGUGCUAACGAACGAGCAAAACUUGUUCCUCGUGUGUCAAUCUUUGGGGGGAAAGCUGCACCAGGAUACUGGAUGGCGAAAUCCAUUAUCCAUCUUAUCAACCAAGUGGGGUCGGUUGUUAACAGUGAUCCGGAUGUUGGUGAUCUCUUGAAAGUCAUCUUCGUGGAAGACUAUAACGUUAGCAAGGCGGAAAUGAUUUGCCCUGCUUCGGAUAUCAGCGAGCAUAUCUCAACCGCUGGUACGGAGGCUAGCGGGACAAGUAAUAUGAAAUUCGUCCUUAAUGGGGGACUUAUAAUUGGCACAUGCGAUGGCGCGAAUAUCGAGAUUACCCGCGAGAUUGGAGAACAAAACAUCUUCCUUUUCGGUACUCUCGCUGAAGACGUUGAAGAUCUCCGCCAUGCCCAUAUUUAUGAGAAGGAUAACGUCACCCUAGGUAACCACCUGACCGCUGUCUUUGAUACCAUCAAGUCAGGGACGUUUGGCGAUGCCAGCUCAUUUUCGGCACUGAUUUCGGCAAUCACCGAACAUGGAGAUUACUACCUGGUCUCAGACGAUUUCCAUUCUUAUAUCACGACGCAAGAUAUGGUGGAUGAAGCCUAUCGGGAUCAAGAUGGCUGGUUGGAGAAGUGUAUUUUGAGCGUGUCGAGGAUGGGAUUUUUCUCGUCUGAUAGGGUUAUCGCGGAGUAUGCGGAUAGUAUUUGGAACAUUGAACCAGUUGAUGCUCCGGAGUAGGGUGAGCUCUCAUGUUAUGAUUGGGCUUUUCAGACCGUGGAGUGGAAUGGUGGAAAUGAUUCCAAAGUGGCAUUGGAUAUUCGUUCGUUUGUCAGUUAACUAUUAUUACUAUUAUCCAGAAUUGCGAUUUCAAAUGUUUUCCGGAAG